UUAAAAGUUGUAGCUAUGCUAGACAGAACAAUUUUCGCGCUAUUUCUACUGAUCGCCUUGAGUGCAGUGCUGGUGCAAUGCGAAAAGAACGCAACCGUCAGUUUUUUGCCGCUUAAGAAAGCCGGUCAUUGCAAUGUUGAGAAGUGUCAGUUGCCAAAUUGCCGUUGUUCGGGCCUACGUUUGCCCAGUGCCGACUUCAAGGAGCAUGUAAAGGAAAUACCACAGCUCAUUACAGUGACGUUCGAUGAUGCUGUGAAUGUCAUUAACUACGAGCAGUAUCAGAAACUCUUCGAUGGACUCGUAAAUCCGGAUAACUGCAGUGUGCGCGGCACCUUCUACGUCUCCCAUGAGUACACCGAUUAUACGCUGGUGAAUGCGCUCUACCAACAAGGUCACGAGAUAGCGCUGCAUUCGGUUACGCAUGGUUCCGGCACGGACUACUGGCGUGAGGCGGAUGUGGAACGUCUGUUGGCUGAGUUUGGUCAACAAAUUGAUAUGUUGGUGAAAUUCGCGAAAAUGAAGCGUAAACAUAUACGUGGUAUGCGUCAGCCGUUCCUGCAAAUUUCCGGAAAUAAUACCUAUGAGGCUGCUAAGCGUUUAGGACUGCUGUACGAUAGCUCAUGGCCAUCACAGCGCAGUCCUGUCAUGUGGCCCUACACGCUCGACUAUCGUUCAAUACAAGAUUGCCAGAUUGGUCCAUGCCCAAAUGCCGCGAUUCCAGGUUUUUGGGUCAGUCCGAUGGUCACUUGGUUUGACACUGCCGGCUACAGUUGUGCAAUGAUUGAUGGCUGCGUAUUUCCACCGAAGGAUGAAGUAGACGCUUUAUUCGAAUGGAUGGUAGAGAACUUUAAAAGGCAUUAUGAUGGUAAUCGUGCUCCAUUUGGUAUGUAUCUGCAUGCGGCUUGGUUCCAGCGUGGACGGCAUUAUUUUGAGGCUUUCAGAAAAUUCCUCCUAUAUGUAAACACGCUACCCGAUGUCUACUUAACCACCGCUUCAGGCGUCAUACACUACAUGAAGCAUCCCACUUUGGGUAAACCCUUUCCAGGUUGUCCGAAAAAACCGAAUACCACAUGUCUAAAACGCAACUGUGGACUUCGGAAGAUGGAGACUGGUGAAAUACGUUAUAUGAAUGUGUGCGAUACAUGUCCCUCCGUCUAUCCAUGGUUGGGCAAUCCGCUAGGACAGACCGAAUACUACUAGUAAACGAGUUGAAUGGAGGAAGUGCAGUUAGUGGCCAGUUACCAUAGGUAAAAUGUUCGACUGAAGCGGUUCUUGAAAGUAUUUGAAGGUGCCGAAGUUUGUUGCUCAAUAAAACUGAUUUAAAACGCACUUGAAAUAAAUUAAAAUACAUAAAAUAGA